CACACGGUCGACAUAUAUAGGUUCGUUCGCCCUUGGAUGAUAUUUUUGCGCGGCUACCGCCCAAUGUCAGAUCAUUCACAUUCCUGAACCAGUUUGCCAACGCAAAUCGACGAUGCAAGGAGAUAGAUUGACUUGCAUCAGGGGAUCCGGAGGUUUUCAUUACUCGCAAGCGCUUCGAGUCCUCGGACGCCAUCGUCUUCUCUCCAGUUCCCAAACUCUGCUGUUCCUGACUCGACUUGGCGCUCGCGGCCUUUACUUUGUUUGCCGUUCAAACCAAGAUUCGCCGAUAUAUAUAUAAAUCAUAUUUCUGGAGUGGCCCCCCAUCAUGCCCUCAUCUUCAUCCAGUCCUUCCUCUUCCCCCGUCAUGGUUUCCCUUCCCAGUAUACACGAGAUGUUUCCCGAACAUCUCAUGAAGCUGUCGCCUGCUCUCAGACUUAGCAUCGCGAGUGUGAACGCGUCCACGUCGUCUCCAGAGUCACCGCUUUCGAAGCCUCGCUACUCUCCAACUAGUCUCCCAAAUGCUCACACAAGUUCAAAUCGCCUCGAUGGAGUAGUCUCGUUUGACGUUUGGCGAUCCGAUCCGUCUUUGCCUACACUUCAGCAUAUUGCGUCCAGUGCCACUCUCCCCAAUCGUACGUCCGGUUUAUCCGGCGCAACUCGACCCAUUGACAUAGCGAAUGGGAGUGCCCCUGCGUUCCGAGUCAAUCCUCCUCUUUCGAAAUCUAGACAGGUUGAUCGCCCGAGUAAUCAUUCUCACCCAGGCGUUCGACACAACUGUUCUCCAGUUUCCGCCAGUCCCUCAGACUUACCUUACCAAUCAUCCACCGAAGAUAUGUCAGACGAUGGGGGUGACGACAAAAAACACAUCUGUACCACAUGCCAUAAGCGUUUUAAUCGCCCAAGUAGCCUUCGUAUCCAUAUGAACACUCAUACAGGCGCUACCCCUUUCCGAUGUCCAUACCCAAACUGUGGACGCGAGUUCAAUGUGAAUUCAAAUAUGCGCCGCCAUUACAGAAAUCACUGUAAUCCCUCACAAGGGAAAGGUGAUGACCCUUCCUCAAAUCCUCAUUCCUCCGUUACACGUAGACGCCAACGCCGAGUAGAUCCUCAACCUCCUACAAACCGCGACUUUCUCGUGUUGCGGCCAGAUGCGAUCCCCAAGAAAGCGGUCCGCUCACGGACAGUGGGCGACCAAUCUUCUUGGCUGUCGACAGGGAAUACCUCACCAAGUUUAAGCGGAGAUUCCGACGGGGACAACGAAUCCUUGAUCGACGAUGAAGACGAGCUGAUGCAUGAUGCUAGCUAUUCAUACUCCUCUGUUCGUCAUCACUACGAAGAUUCGGCGACCCGAAAUUCACAUUUGUAUCGUCUACAACCCGUCUCCGAUUUCAGCACGUCAAGAUACCAUCCUCAGUCAGACAUCAGAUCAUUACCCCCAACCCUCACAUGUAACUCAGCGUCGUCCUGUUCAUCACCAUCGGCAUCCCCCGUCUCCUCAUUCGGACCCUCAAGACGGUAAAUUCAAUCAUUCGGCCCGCGGAACCGCAAUCAAUUAUCACAUUCUCACACUCCAUUCAAUGAUUGUCGCAGGCAUUCCCUUUGGGGUUUAGGAUUUUCGGAUUUUCGUCUUGAAAAGGGCAUACAAUAUGACCCUCAAUAUUGAACAUCUCCUUUUCCAUCGUGGGAUCAUGGUGCCGCAAUCAUGGUAGCCUGUCCCUGGUCCCCAUUCAUACUACGACAGCAAAAGUUACACUUAUCUUACUUUGGAUGCCAUUCUGUUCUGUUCGACUUGUGCCUUUUCGCGACCUAUACCCUUACCACAUAUACGCAUACCUUUUACCAUAAUCAGAUCGUUUCCCCGCUUCAAUCGCUGUAUACGGUAUACAUAUGGGAAAGAAGGUUGGAUGCUCUGUUGUAUUUGCAUAAUACGCCUCCUGUAAGUUCCGUGCAAGAUGGCAUCCAUUCAUAACGACUGUCACUGGUGGCUCGACGUGGGAGCUCACAUUCUUCGACUCCAGUUCCUCAAAUUUCUCAUUGUCCUCAUGUUGUCAGGUCUCCACCCACCCACCCUCCCUUGGUCAUCUGUUUGGUACUCAUCUACCGGGACCCUUGCCUAGUCUUUAACCGAUUUACCGUCAAUAGAUCGAAAAUAUUUUGUGACUCGGAGUUACAGGGAUUCAGAGGAUGUGCACAAACUCCUACACCCUCGAUUCAUUCAUUUGCC